AUGUUCACCAAGAAAUCGUGCAUUCUCUUUGCACUUCUCGUCUUGUUGCUCUUCACUUGCUGUUAUUGUCAUGCCCAACAAGCAACAACAGCAACUGCACAGCAAUCCUCUUCUCAAAAACCAACCGGUCAAUCCCAACAACAACAAGCAGCUACAACAUCUCCUGAUGAAGGAAGUGAUGAAGGCAGUGGUGAGGAUUUAGGUCAAUCUUCAUCUUCGUCAGGUCAAGGUCCUUCAUUUGAGGCAGAAGAAGGCGAAGAAAAUUAUGGUUAUAGAUACAGACCAUAUCAUUAUGGAUAUAGAAGACCAUAUUAUUAUGGAUACAGAAGACCAUAUUAUUACAGAAGGCCUUAUUACUAUAGAAGACCAUAUUAUUAUAGAAGACCUUAUUAUUAUCAUAGACCUUAUUAUUAUUAUCGUAAGCCAUAUUAUUAUGGAUAUGGAUAUAAAUAUUAG